UUUUAAUGUCAAAUUUACAAAUUCUCAAAACAAAAAGUAAACAUUAGUGAUAGCUACAGAAUUUCAAGUUGCAAUAAGCUAUUAGGAAUGAAAUGGAUUUUAAUGAAUUAUGUCGUGCAUGCCUAAUAACAAUUAAUGGCUCAAAUAAAAUUAUCUUGUUUAAAGAUGUUUCAGCUUACACUUAUUGGUUUUGCACUUCAAUACAGAUUUUAGAAACUGAAGAUUUACCAAAAAUCUUAUGCUCUUCAUGCUACGAUUUGUUAUCAAAAUUUGCUGCAUUUAAACAAAAAUGUAUUGAUGCACAACAAUAUUUAUUAAAUUUAAAGCGUAAUAUUAAGAAAGAAACCGAAUGUUCAGUAUUUUACGAAACCAGAGCGAAAAAGAAUUCAGAUGAUAUUUUAACAUUGAAUUUUGGUAGACCAAAGCAUCCAAUUCAAAGCGAGAUAAAGCUUGAACCCAGUUAUGAAGAAGUUGGAGGAACUUAUAGUAAUGAUGUUAUGGAAAAGCAAAAUUUUAAAAAUGACAUGCCACACACAAAUACAAAGAAAAUUGAUUUUUUCUGUGAUGUGUGUAAAAUGGUUUAUAUGAACAGGAAGACCUUCAAUAAUCACAAAAAGAUUCAUGAGAACAGAUUAUGCAUACCCUGUAAUAAAUUAUUUAAAUCAAAUCCUGCAUUUUAUCAACAUAAUAAACUGAAGCACUCACAGUGGUCUUUCAAAGACACAAAGUGUAAGAAAUGUGGGAAAGUGUGCAAAACUGUUAAAACGCUUCACUUACACAUGAAGACAAAGCAUACUGAAACCAAGAAGUACAUUUGUGAUGUCUGUGGUAAAAUAAGCAAUUCCAGAGGAAAUUUAAAGCUUCACAUUGACCGACAUAUUGAUAAUAAAGAUUACACUUAUAACUGUGAACAAUGUAACAAACAGUUUAAAUCUAAAGUAGCACUACAAGGCCAUUUCUAUCGAUCACACACUGGCAAACAAUACAUUUGUCAUUAUUGCAAUUUCUCCUACAAAUACAGAGAUAACUUAAUCAAACAUUUACUAACCCACGAAGGAAAGAAAUUACACAAAUGUACUCUUUGUAAUAAGUCAUUUUCAACGCGUUCUUAUUAUAUAGAACAUCAGAGAUUGCACUCUGGAGAGAGACCAUUCAACUGUUUGUACUGCUCAAAGAGUUUUGUAUCUAAACGUCGUUUGAAUGACCAUCACAUGAUACAUACAGGGGAGAGAAAACAUAAAUGUACGAUUUGUGAACAGAGCUUUACACAAAAGGGUAGUGUAAAGAGGCAUAUGAAGAUACAUAAUAAAGUACAGCCUGUUUGAAAAGAUGGCCUGCCAUCUGGCUAAUGAAGUUCCUUUAUGGUUUAUAUUUUUGUGCUAUUUAAUAAUAAUGCAUUUUAUUCAUAAAUAAAUGAAGAUCUUUAACCAGAGACCAAGAGUACUAUACCCAGAACAAUAAUAAGGGCAGUAGAGGAUAGAUAACGUUUCUGUAUCCAAUAGUAAAACGUUUCGUGACCAACCCGAGUGACUCUUUAUACCUAACACUUACCAUUAUGUGGUGUAAAGUACUGGAAAGUGGAAAAGAAUAUUAACAAUAACGCGUAAUUCAAUCACCGCCCCGCAUUGUAACUUUUUACAAGAGGACGUCCCCGGCCCAAAAUUCAUUACGUAAUACUUGAACGCUCCCAAGCCCUGGUUUAGCACUUACCUAUAUCAUCAAAUAUAGGAAAUACUAGAACUUAGACAGUCGAAAUGAAGAGUUGAAAUAUUUAUUGUAUAAAGACAAGCAUAGCAACAUUGUGUAAAAUGUUUUCG